UAGAAGGCCCAACUCGAGUGAUUUUCAAGUUAACGGCAAGGGCUUGCAACUUGUAAGAAAUCAAAUCAAACCAGUGAAGGAUUUUUCUAUAACGCGGCGACGCUAUUUGGACACACUUCGCUGCACCUCCUCCUCCGAUAUUUCACAGGAUUCAAAUCCAAUGCCAUUGGGAGCUUAGCGAUCAGCUUGAAGGUUUCAAUUCUGAAAGGGUUUUCAUCACCUAUUAAACAGGCAUAACAAGUAUACGAGUCAUUGUAGAUAGAAGUCCUAAAUGGCUGCCUCAGACGAGAAUAGCGCAUUGUUCCCGAUUUUCAUUUUGACAAUAAUGGCCCUGCCACUGAUACCUUAUACAAUUCUGAAGUUAUGCCGAGCCGCCUCAAAGAAAACAAAGAGCAUACACUGCCACUGCUCUGAUUGCUCUCGAUCAGGGAAGUACCGCAAAUCAAUAUUUAAGCGGAUUUCAAAUUUCUCGACUUAUAGUAACUUGACUCUGAUAUUGCUUUGGGUCAUCGUGAUUGUCCUGGUCUAUUACAUAAAAAAUAUGAGCCGCGAGGUUCAAGUUUUUGAGCCAUUUAGUAUUCUUGGAUUGGAAUCCGGAGCUUCAGAUUCAGAAAUAAAGAAAGCAUAUAGAAGACUAUCUAUUCAAUACCAUCCUGAUAAAAAUCCAGAUCCAGAGGCCCACAACUAUUUUGUGGAGUAUAUAUCAAAGGCUUAUCAGGCUCUGACAGAUCCAAUAUCACGGGAAAACUUUGAGAAAUAUGGCCAUCCGGAUGGCAGGCAGGGGUUUCAAAUGGGCAUAGCUCUCCCUCAGUUCUUGCUAGAUAUUGAUGGGGCAUCUGGUGGAAUACUUCUACUUUGGAUAGUUGGUGUUUGUAUUCUGUUGCCUUUGGUGAUAGCUGUUGUAUAUCUCUCGAGGUCGUCCAAAUAUACAGGAAAUUAUGUGAUGCAUCAAACAUUAUCAGCAUAUUAUUACUUGAUGAAACCUUCUUUGGCCCCAAGCAAAGUUAUGGAUGUCUUUGUAAAAGCUGCUGAAUAUAUGGAAAUUCCAGUUCGUAGGACUGAUAAUGAGCCCCUCCAGAAGCUUUUCAUGUUGGUCAGGAGUGAGUUGAAUCUGGACCUUAAAAACAUUAAGCAAGAGCAAGCUAAGUUUUGGAAGCAGCAUCCAGCCCUUGUUAAGACAGAAUUGUUGAUUCAGGCUCAAUUAACUCGUGAAUCAGCAACUUUGCCUCCAUCAUUGCAAGGUGAUUUCAGACGGGUGCUAGAACUUUCACCUCGCCUUCUUGAAGAAUUAAUGAAGAUGGCGGUGAUACCACGCACCGCUCAGGGGCAUGGAUGGCUGAGGCCUGCAAUUGGGGUAGUCGAGCUUUCUCAAUGUAUCAUUCAGGCUGUUCCUAUCAGUGCAAGGAAGGCAACUGGAGGAUCUGCUGAGGGCAUUGCAACCUUUCUGCAGCUGCCGCAUUUCAGUGAGGCCAUUAUCAAAAAGAUAGCCCGCAAAAAGGUGAGAACGUUUCAGGACCUUCAGGACAUGAGCUUGCAAGAACGUGCUGAGCUGCUUACUCAGGUAGCCGGGUUCUCUCCUGACUGCGUACACGAUGUUGAGAUGGUGCUGGAAAUGAUGCCUUCUAUAACAAUUGAAGCUACAUGCGAGACUGAAGGUGAAGAGGGUAUACAAGAGGGUGACGUUGUCACGGUCCAUGCUUGGGUAACACUCAAACGUGGUAACGGCCUGAUAGGUGCCCUCCCCCAUGCCCCAUGCUACCCAUUUCACAAGGAAGAGAACUUCUGGUUUAUGCUUGCAGAUCCUGUUUCAAAUAAUGUGUGGUUUUCUCAAAAGGUUAGUUUUAUGGAUGAAGCUGCAGCUAUAACUGGCGCUUCGAAGUCAAUUGAGGAGACUAUGGAGGGAUCAGGAGCAAAUGUAAAGGAGACCAGUGUGGCCGUGAGAGAGGCAGUUGACAAGGUGAAGGGUGGGUCUAGACUGGUGAUGGGCAAGUUCCAGGCCCCAGCAGAGGGUAAUUACAAUUUGACUUGUUACUGCUUGUGUGACGCUUGGAUAGGCUGCGAUAGAAAGACAAACUUGAAAGUAAAAAUUUUGAGACGGACUAGGGCUGGCACCCGAGGUGGCCUUGUCGCAGAAGAGGGACCCAUUACGGAGGAUGGGGUUGAAGAGGAAGAGGAGAAUGAAGAAGAGGAAUAUGAUGAUUAUGAGAGUGAGUACAGUGAAGAUGAGGCAGAUGAACAAGAUGCUAAAAAGAAAGGCCCUGCUGCCAAUGGCACUCUCAAUAAACGGGACUCGAGCUCGGAAGGUUCAGGCACAGAUGAGGAGUGAAACACAUAAUUCUGUUUUAUUAAUGAUGAAAUAAUAAACAUUUUGAGCCUGCGUUGAUCAUUUGAAGAACUUAACAACCAUAACAGUGAGUCAUUUAUUUUACCUUUUGUUUAACUUGGCAAAGCUUCAUAUAAUCUUAUCCGAUACUAGAACCAA